AUGUUCCCCUCACAGGCGGUUAAUUUUAACAUUGAGGCCCUCAGUGGCAUCUGUGGAUCAAUUUCCAUUGCCUGUUGGGUCGUCGUUUUCUCUCCCCAAAUUAUUGAAAACUUCCGUCGUGGCUCCGCUGAUGGCCUCUCCCUACUGUUCCUCAUCGUCUGGUUGGCUGGCGAUGUAUUCAACAUCCUUGGUGCCGUCAUGCAGGGCGUGCUUCCUACUAUGAUCAUCCUUGCUGUGUACUACACACUAGCAGAUAUAGUUCUGCUAGGCCAGUGCUUCUACUACAGAGGCUUCAAUCUCAAGGACGAGCUUUCUUCUUCGCCUUCGCCACAGCUCUCAAUAGCCAACGGCAACUCCGACGUUGAAAGUGGUGCCGAAACCCAAUCAACACCAACGGAGCGCUCAUCCCUCCUCCCAAAAUCAAAUGGAAAAACCCACGCUCAAACUCAACACCCAGCCGGAAGCGCAUCUGCACAGAACCAGGACGCGCGCCCGGUCUCCGCUGGAAGACGCCACUCAGCAACCUCCUUCCACGACAUCUUCCACUCAUCCGCGCAUCUAUCCCCAGCAACACCCUUCAUCGAGCCCACAUCCGACUCAGCACGCAGCCGCGCCCAGCGUGCCCGCCGCCGCCGCAUCUCCGCCCUCCAGUCGAUCCUCUUCAACCUGACUUCUGUGGCUCUGGUUUGCGCCGCAGGCGUACUAGGCUGGUAUGUCAGCCCAGCUGCGAAGACAUCGCCGGACCCGGAACCCCUCACUCUGGAUCUAUUUGGUCAGGUAUUCGGGUACUUCUGCGCGGUGUUGUACUUGGGGUCCCGUCUGCCCCAGCUUCUCUUGAAUUACCGGCGCAAGUCUACGGACGGUGUCUCGCUUCUGUUUUUCCUCUUCGCCUGCAUUGGAAACUUGACAUAUGUGCUAUCUAUAUUGGCAUACUCGCCUGUCUGCUCGAAUGGGUCUCCUGAAGAGGUUAUGAGUAUGGGUCAUCAUCGUCACCAUUCUAAGUGUCGUCAGGGGGAGGCGGCUGCGCUGUAUGGUCGCUAUGUUUUGGUUAAUCUGUCAUGGUUGGUUGGCAGUGCUGGCACACUGCUACUGGACAUGGCUAUCUUUACACAGUUCUUCCUUUAUUCUGAUGGCAAGGCAGAUGACGACGAGGAGUAA